AUGAGUAACUUGCUUUCUCUUUUAACUUUGGGGUAAUACACAAAAUAAACAUGUUUGAAUAGCAAGUUAUUAUUUUUUGUUUUUGAUUUAAAUAAAACGACAAAGACAUGGCCAGCACACCAAUUGAACGUUCAGGGAUUGUCCAAGAUGAGGCAACCGGUCAACUCUACAUUCCUGGCAGUCGAAGACCUGAUGGCACUUGGCGAAAACCAAGACGAGUAAAAGAUGGAUAUGUACCUCAAGAAGAAGUGCCUGUAUAUGAGUCCAAAGCGGCUCAGUUCCAGAAGAGCAAACCCAGUCUACCACCGGGCUUAAGCCCAGAUAUGGCAGCCCAAGCCUCCAACAGGAAGGUCCCUGUCGGGAUGCCAGCUGAACAAAUGUCCAAGACUGCCAAGAGAAACGCUCAAAGAAAAGAGAAAAAGAAACAGAAUCAACCACAUCCUGAAAAUGACUCUGGUAGCCUUCCUGUGCAGAAUAUUGCAGAGCAGUUGGCCAGGGCUCAACUCAGUUCAAAUAAAAGUGGGGAGUCGGCAGGGGACAAGAGUGAACAUUUAAAGCAAGUCAGAAAGUUGAGAAAGAAGUUAAAGCAGAUAGAAGAGCUAGAGAGACGUAUUGCCUCUGGUGAUAUCAAGGAGCCUGAUAAAGAUCAGAUGGAGAAGAUGGCCAAAAAGCAAGCUAUAGUGGAGGAGAUGGAGCAAUUACAAGCAGAAAUGGAUGAUUGAGACAAUGCAUUGUCAGUCCUCCAGCUAGGCAUAAACGGGAGGGUGAAGCACCCCGCUGCCUUAAGGUCCCUCCCUGCCCCUUCAGAACCUUACCAUGCCCUUAUAUAAAAUCUAAUCAUUGUAUUAUACAGUCUAGUUUUAUUUGAAAUUAAAAUAAAUUUACUUAAUAUUUACACUGAAACUAGUUUUCUUAAUUUCAGAAUCAAUAGUUUGAAUGAAUAUAUUUAACAUGAAAUAUAAUAGAUACAUAUAACAUAUGCUGUUUUGAAAAUAUGCCACUGUGAUGAUUUGAUCGUGCAAGUUUAAGUGCCCUUUUGAUAACAAAGCACCCUGCCCUUUUUAAAUCAUAGCUGGGGCACUGCAUAUUUGUAAAUAAAAAACCAUUACAAAUUGCAGAGUAUUUUCUUACUAGUUUUGAUAAUGUACCCUCACCAGUGAAACAUUUGGAAUUUUAUUAAUUUCAUCAAUACUUAAAUGUUUAAAAUAUUGCAUGUAAAAAAACUGUAAAAUCUGUUAAAUUAAAGUUAAAUAAGUUAAACAAAGUCAAUAAGUUUGGACAUAAUAAAAGCUUUGUUCUGGGAAAACUAGGUUUAACGUGUGUGUAUAAAGAGUGGUACCAGAUUAGCCUGUGAAGUCUGCACAGGCUAAUCAGGGAUGAUAUUUCCGCUUGUAUGCAUUUUUUGCAUAAAGGAAGUAUGUUCUAAACAAAAAUACAUUUAACGCAUAAAGUGUCGUCCCUGAUUAGCACUGUAUAUGUAGAGGAAAAGCGCUGAUUUCUCAUUGAAUCAUUAUAACUAAGUAACACAUUUCAAAUUAGCUAUUUAAAUAUGUGAAUAUGAUUUAUCAUUUGUUACAUACCUUCAUGCUUUGUGUAAAGGGGCCUUUUCACAGAUUUUGGCAUAUUUUGAAACUUGUCAUUAAAUGCUUUAUAUUGAUAAAUGUUAACAUUGGAUCUUUAAAGCUUCAGUAAAAAAUCUAGAAUAAAAUUAAAAAAAGGAAAAAAAGUAGCCGGUACCAUGACUCGAACCAGUGACCCCCGGAGUCCUGGAGUUAGUCUGAAGUAAAAACGCAUUAGCCCUCUCGGCUAUUCCGCCAGGUAUACACAGGUGUAAGUAUUUUAUACCGUAUAUAUGCAAUCUUCAUAGUUUCGUAAAUUUAAACGACAACAACAGAACUCUCCAAAUUAUUCAAUCGUUUCGCGUUGCAACGCUUUAUAAUUUUUAGGUUUUCAAAUCGUCAAAAGAUACAUAUAAUGGCUAUAUUGGACUAUGGUAAAUGUUCAGUAAUACUGUUUCCUCACAAAUAUCAUAACUAAAACGAAAACUUGCGAAUCUGAAACAACUCUUUUAAAUUUUGUCAAUUUACCAAACCGUGAAAAGAUCCCUUUAAUAGGUAUCAUGGGAACUCAUUCAUUUGUUUGACUGCUCUUAAUUUAAAUUAAGAUUUUCAAGAAAUAGGAACAUGUUGAUUUAUAUUUCUAAUCAAUUAAAUGUUUUGCAUGUAUAUUUAUUUGAAAGGUACAUUAACUUUUAUGUGUAUUUAUUAUAUGAUAAUUUACAAUAUUACUAUGAACCAGUAUUUAUUUAUGGAUACUGUUUUAACUCUCGUCAAAUUGUCAAUAAUAACUUUGCUAUGAGAUAUGUAUCUGUAAUGAAAUAGGUCGGUAUUAAAAUUAACACAGUGAAAGUGUUACUACAUA